AUGGAUGUGGAAGAAACAUCUUCAGUAAAACUCGCACACACUGCAUCAAAGAAGUGUUCGCUCUUCACGUGGUUCCGACGUCUAUUUACUCUUGACAAUUUACCAAAUCAAAAACAACAUUUCCCAGUGUUUAUUAUUACGAUGAGUAUCCUACACAUUGUGAUUUUGCUUCUUAUAUAUGUAACUCGUACUGGCGAUGUUCAUAGGUUUAUAUUAGCCCUGUAUAGAUUCGGUCGAUUAUAUGUGCCAUGUAUGCGUCCAACCGUAAGUCAUAUUCGUAUGCGUAGUGUUCCCUGUAAUAUAUUUGGCAAAGGUGGCAUGUGUUCUUACGAUGAUUUAAUCAAACAAGAAUGUUUUUCAUUUGCAUAUCCACAUCAAAUAUGGCGUAUGAUUACUGUUAGUUGUUUGCAUUCAAACUGGCUCCACCUAGUGAGCAAUCUGUCAGCACAACUCAUACAAGGUAUCCCAAUUGAACUCAAAUAUGGUACACCUUACACUCUUGUCAUCUAUUGGCUUUCAGGAAUCGGAGCUAGUUUGGUUGGUUUAAUUAGAUUAGGAAGUGAAGGAGCAGUUGGAGCUUCAGGCUGUCUACACGGUUUAAUGUUAUUCUUGAUUAUGGAUCGUCUUUCGGCAUUAAAAACAAAACAUGGUUACGAUCGUGUCUUCAUAAUCUUACAACUAGUUUUUCUUAUGUUACCAUAUGCUGUUACUAGUGCGACUCUUAUAAUACAGUAUAGAGUAGUACACGAUGCUCAUGUGGGUGGUGCUUUAGUGGGUUUUCUUCUUGGCAUUCAGGCAUUUGGCUUGCCAUUAUUUUGUAUUUGUAAAAAUGAUGAUAUCCAUCAAAAAAUAUUCCGACAAUUAGCAAUCGUGCUUCUUAUUCUUUAUUUUUUGAUGAUCGUGGUUGUCUUUUUGCAAAUUGAUGCACCUAUAGUCGACCGAAUUUUGUACAGCGGUAUCAUGUACAAUGGCACAAUUGAUUAUCAGUACUUUGAAUGA